CAGGAAGACAAGAUUUAUGUUCAGCAUCGGUUACUAGAAAACAGCUCUCUUGUCUGGGAUCUCCUAGUUCACAAACAAGGAUGGUGUUAUAUAGCAGGGUAUGUAAAGUACUUUGUCAAUAGUAGGACUUGAACCUUUCUGUAGACUACAAAACUCCUCCCAUGUAAGGGAAUCUGGAUUCCGGAACCAGGAGAAUUUUUGCUUGUGGAAUCCGGAAUCUGGGUAAAUUUUCCUUUUGAAAUCCGAAAUCCUGGGCCAUGGAACCCGGCAUACCGUUCAAAGAAUCCGGAAUCCCACUAACGAUUGAAUGCAGAAUUCAAGUUCCACUGACAAAGAAUCCUGAAUCCAGUACCUGGAAUCCGAAAUCCACGACGUGCAGUCCAGGAUCCAAGGCUGUCUUCGAUUCCUUUCCAUGGGGCGAACAGAAAAGUUAUCCUUCGCCAGGAAUAAGAUUGGAUCUUGAUACAGGGUACAAUAGCCUUGAGUUAGUUUCCCGUUAGUCGUGUUGCCAUUAACAAGGUUUUUGAUUAUUUUUCUUCCUUCUUUAUUUGUAGAAACUCGCAACGAAUGCCUGCAGAUGUUACAGAAGCUCUUCUUGAAAUAUUCAUGAAAGAAGGAGGAAUGGAUGCAGUAGAAGCUGAAGAAUUUCUCAAAACGUUAGAAACAACAAGACAUUUUCAAAGCGAGACAUGGGCGUAG